CAAAUUUCAAAGCACUUCCUGGGGAGAGAACACGACAACGUUUACCACGGAGCCGAAAUAAAAUACAGAUAUCACCUUUUACCGCAGCAUACCUUCGUAUUUUGGCUAUGGCAUGCUUUUAAUGAAGACCAGUGAGUCACAGCAUCAGGCCGGGGCACUACACGUUCACUUUUAAUAGUACACUUAGAUAUUUAGAUAUCUAUUAUCAUCAUUUUAGCUUUUCCAAAUAUGUUAAUAAUCUUGUAGCUUGAUUUUAUUUACUGCAUGUCAUUUUGGCAUCAUUUUUUUUUAUGAAAGUCAUAUUGAAAAGACAUUUUUAAGGCGAGCAUCUUCAAUGGAUUACAGUUAGCGCAGUGUUAUGUGAGUGGCCAGCUGUUGUUGCAGUUUUUCUGCACAUUUAUUUGUGGAAUGUCAAGAUGUCGUCAGGAGUCCAGCCGUGUUUUCAGUUGUUGAGGAUCGGACUGCCGUCUAAAACAAAUAGUAGUAACGGCAAUGGAAAUGAGUCUUCAGACCGUGACCUGUACACAUUCCGGCCAGCACUGGCCCAGUGCGUGUUCCGGCUAGGAAAGGCCGCAGAACUCUGCGACGUCACUCUGGAGUCAACGACUGUGUCCCGUAUCCAUGCCGAACUGCACGUGGAAAGGGCAACGGAUGCUUCUGGAGAGGAGAGUUGGAAAGUCCAAGUUAAAGACCGCAGUAGUUAUGGUACAUGGGUAAAUGAUGGACGCCUCCAACAAGGGGUCUUAUGUGAAAUCUUUGAUGGUGACACACUUAACUUUGGUGGCCAGUCAGGGCGGACCAGCCCAGAGUUCUACUUCCUCUUCCAGAAAGUGCGCGUCCGCCCGUUGGACUUUGACGCCAUCACCUUGCCCAAAGCGGGUUCCUUCUCAUCUGACAUUAAGAACCGGAUCAGAACAUGCUCAGACCGUAAACCAGACCCUGGUCUGGACAUUUCAAAAUUGUCCAUCAACCGAGCCACCGUCAUCCUCAACUCCAUCGGCAGCCUGAGCAAGAUGAACGCGAGCAGUUGGACUUUUAAGAAAAGUGACAAAACCACCAACUUGACCGCAGCCAGUACUCCAGCGUUCACAGCGUUGGCUCCGCCCACAACCCCACCCCCUUUCCAAGCUGUUGGCGAGAUUUCGUCAAAAUCAGUCCCGGCUUCGUCAAAAAGCAGACGCAAGUCAGCCCACACUGUUCUCCUAGAGGACGACAGUUCAGAUGAUCCCGGACGCCCCAAAGAAGCGGACGAUGGAAGGAGAGGACAAGCGCGGAAAAGACGGCGACUUUACAAGUCAGAGUCAGAGGUGUUUCAACCGUCUUUCCCCAAACUAGAGCAGAAUUGUGUGUCACAGCUCGAUAUGACAAAACAUAACUCCAGUGUUUUCAAUGUGGCACCUAACAGGAAGUUCAGUCAUUUUGUGAACAUUGGUCACACCAAAGGCAAUGGCAUCAGUUUGAUGCCCCUCCACCAGCAGAAGGCGUGCUUGUCAGCACCUGGUAGGAGACAAAGGGCAAACAGCUCUCCGGUAUAUACAGGCAUGGGAGGUGAGAAUUACAACCUGACCGCCCCAUUAGCAAGGAUGUCCAAGGCAGAGAAAGCAAGGGGGCAAAUUUCUCGGUUUCAGGCCUCUACCGGUAGACGACGUGGCAGACCCAGAAAACACCCACCACCCCGGCCUUCCCUUCCAUCUCCCUCUUCCUCAUCCUCCUCCAACACCUCUUCCUCCUCCUCCUCAUCUUCCUCUGAAGAUGAAGACAACAAAGACAUAGGGGUCGUUCAGGGCAUCGAGCCGUGCGCAGCAGCACGCUGUCGGUUCCCACAGCAGGACACCGUACAGUGGAUCCAAUGUGAUGAUUGUGAUGCCUGGUACCAUCUGGACUGCCUGCCUCACGACCGUAACCGAGACUUGCUGCUACACGACCCGAAUGCAGACUUCCACUGUGGCUGCCUGAGAGCCAGAAUCCGCUGAGUACCUGAAUCAGUCAGGACAAGCUUCGUCAACUCUCUUGUUUUGGACCCUUUAAUAAACCAAAUCUGCUCAAAGACAUUGUUAUUAUUACAAUCAUAUUCAUGGGGAUUGGUAGAUCUGUUGCUUUUUGGCUUUCAUAUAGAGAACCACACAAACAAUAUCUGGCAAGAACAGAAAAGCACCAGUUGUUGAUGUUUUCUGCACUGGUGUUAAUUGUAUCGAGUGGUGAUUUAGACUCAUUUAGAUCCAAUUGAGUAUGUUGGGUUUGCAGGGAGGAAGGGUUUCAAGAGCAUAUAAAUACGCUCAAAGCACUGGAUGGCUUCUAACAGUUUAUAUCUAUUUUACGAUUUAUACAGCAUAUAUACACAAUAAAAACAUAUUAAUCACUAGGAUGACAACUUAAAAAAACAAUAUGCAUAUAGAAAUGAACUAUUAUUUGUAUAAGACUUUGUAUUUUCUACAGAAAAUGGCGGCGCAUGGGGAGUUGACAUGCUUUGUAUAUAGCUUAAAAAGAAAAACAAUAUUGUUGAAAUGUGUUUUACCAUUCAACACAAAGUAAUCAAAUACUGUAUAAAUGUUUUGAGUGGGAAAUGAGGGUAUUCAUAAUACAGUUGUGAUGUCUUAUUCAUUGGUUUCAUAAAUGAGCAUUACUGGGACUUGUUUUGUCAUUUCAGUACAUCCUACAUCUGGUGAAACUGAAAUCAGUCCAGAAGUUUUUGAUUGAAAGCAUGAGACAAGUGUAGCCUGACAUUCCUAUGUGAAAUUACUAUUGUCAUUUUACUCUUGAAAUUCAAUGCAAAACAUUUCGAGUAAUAAUCCGUUGUUUGUUGUUAUGCGGCCUGAUAUUAACAUUGAUGAUAUUAAGCUUUGAGUCUGAUCUUGACUAACCCUAUGUAGUUGUUUGUGUCUUUAAGAAUAGAAUCUCUGGUAUGAAUGUUAAACAUACUUUCACUCUUCACUUUAACUCAACAUUAUAGAUAUGACAAAUUACUCUUUGCAGUCUUGUCAUGUUGGG